CCCGUCUCGACUGUAUAUUGUAGAGACAUUGCUGGAAACAUGUCUUCCCGGCCAGAUCUCAGAGUCGACGACGAAGUCGGCUUCAUCCGAUUCUACCGCAACCUCUCCACCGCCGACAACAACAAUGACACCAUCCGCGUAUUCGACCGCGGAGACUGGUACUCUGCGCACGGCGCCGAAGCCGAAUUCAUCGCCCGCACCGUCUACAAGACGACCUCCGUGCUCCGAAACCUCGGGCGCAGCGAGACGGGCGGCCUCCCUUCCGUCACGAUGAGCGUGACCGUGUUCCGAAACUUCCUCCGCGAGGCGCUCUUCCGUCUGAACAAGCGCAUUGAGAUCUGGGGCUCUAGCGGUUUUGGCAAGGGCCAGUGGAAGCUCGUGAAGCAGGCUAGUCCGGGGAAUCUGCAGGAUGUGGAGGAGGAGCUGGGGAGUGUGGGUAGUGGGCUCUCCGCGGAGUCGGCGCCUAUCAUACUCUCCGUGCGGAUCUCGUCUAAGGCGGCUGAGGGCCGCAGUGUGGGUGUUUGCUUUGCGGACGCGAGUGUGCGCGAGCUGGGCGUGAGCGAGUUCCUGGAUAAUGAUAUCUACUCGAACUUCGAGUCGCUGGUUAUUCAGCUCGGUGUGAAGGAGUGUCUGGUGCAGGCGGAUGUGAAUCGCAAGGAUGCCGAGUUGGCGAAGAUCCGCACGAUCGCGGACAGCUGCGGCAUUGCGAUCUCGGAGCGUCCUGUGGCCGACUUUGGCGUCAAGGAUAUCGAGCAGGACUUGACGCGGCUGCUAAGGGACGAGCGCUCUGCGGGCACGCUGCCGCAGACGGAGCUGAAGCUGGCGAUGGGGUCUGCGUCGGCGCUGAUCAAGUACCUGGGUGUUAUGUCCGACCCGACGAAUUUCGGCCAGUACCAGCUCUACCAGCAUGACUUAUCGCAGUUUAUGAAGCUGGAUUCGUCGGCGCUGCGCGCGCUGAAUCUUAUGCCUGGCCCGCGGGACGGGUCGCGCACGAUGAGCCUGUUUGGGUUGCUGAACCAUUGCAAGACGCCUGUUGGCAGUCGGCUGCUGGCGCAGUGGUUGAAGCAGCCGCUUAUGGAUCGGCAGGAGAUUAUGAAGAGGCAGCAGUUGGUGGAGGCGUUUGUGGAGAACACUGAGCUGCGCCAGACAAUGCAGGAGGAGCAUCUCCGGUCGAUUCCCGAUUUGUACCGGCUGGCGAAGCGGUUCCAGCGGAAGCAGGCGAACUUGGAGGAUGUGGUACGCGUGUAUCAGGUGUCUAUCCGUCUGCCGGGCUUUGUCAGUUCGUUGGAGAAUGUGAUGGAUGAGCAGUACCAGACGCCGUUGGAAACCGAGUACGGGGCUAAGCUCCGGGCUCACUCGGAUAGCCUGGCGAAGCUGGAGGAGAUGGUCGAGACGACGGUCGAUCUGGAUGCGCUGGAGAACCACGAGUUUAUUAUCAAGCCCGAGUUUGACGAGAGCCUGCGCGUCAUCCGCAAGAAGCUGGAUAAGCUGCGGCAUGACAUGCACACGGAACACCGCACCGUCGCGAGCGAUCUCGACCAGGACAUGGACAAGAAGUUGUUCUUGGAGAACCACCGCGUGCACGGGUGGUGCUUCCGGCUCACGCGCAACGAGGCUGGCUGCAUUCGCAACAAGAAGCACUACCAGGAGUGCUCGACGCAGAAGAACGGCGUGUACUUCACCACCUCGAGGAUGCAGUCCCUCCGCCGCGAGCACGACCAGCUGUCGUCGAACUACAACCGAACCCAGACGGGCUUGGUCCACGAGGUCGUCAACGUCGCCGCGUCGUACUGCCCCGUGCUGGAGCAGCUGGCCGGCGUGCUGGCACACCUGGACGUCAUCGUCAGCUUUGCGCACUCGGCCGUGCAUGCCCCGACGCCGUACGUCCGCCCUACCAUCCACCCGCGCGGCACAGGCAACACCGUGCUCAAGGAGGCGCGCCACCCCUGCAUGGAGAUGCAGGAUGACAUCUCGUUCAUCACCAACGACGUGGCCCUCGUCCGCGACGAGUCGUCCUUCCUGAUCAUCACGGGCCCCAACAUGGGCGGCAAAUCGACCUACAUCCGGCAGAUCGGGGUGAUCGCGCUCAUGGCGCAAACCGGCUGCUUCGUGCCCUGCACCGAGGCGGAGCUGACCAUCUUCGACUGCAUUCUGGCCCGUGUAGGCGCUAGCGACUCGCAGCUCAAGGGCGUCUCGACCUUCAUGGCGGAGAUGCUCGAGACAUCCAACAUCCUCAAGUCCGCCACCUCCGAGUCGCUGAUCAUCGUCGACGAGCUGGGCCGCGGCACGAGCACCUACGACGGUUUCGGCCUGGCCUGGGCCAUCUCCGAACACAUCGUCACCGAGAUCCGCUGCUUCGGCCUCUUCGCCACACACUUCCACGAGCUGACCGCCCUCGCCGACCGGUACCCCAAGUCCGUCAAGAACCUGCACGUCGUGGCCUUCAUCGGGGACGGCACGGAGCAGGAUGCCGACGCCGACGCCGAGAAAGCCAAGCAGAACCAAGUCACCUUGCUCUACCGCGUCGAGCCCGGCAUCUGCGACCAGUCCUUCGGCAUUCACGUCGCGGAGCUCGUGCGCUUCCCGGACAAGGUGGUCAACAUGGCGCGCCAGAAGGCAGAGGAGCUCGAGGACUUUACUACCUCUGAGAACCAGGGACAGAAGCAGCAGUCCGCCAUGGCCGUCGAUCCGUAUUCGCCGGAGGAGGUCGAGGAGGGCAGCGCGCUGCUCAAGGCGAUGCUGCUUAAGUGGAAGGCUGACACGGAGGAUAAGAACCUCUCUGUCGAGGAGAAGCGGCAGAUCAUGCGCGACCUCGUCAAGGCGGAUGAGAAGUUGCAGGCGAAUAAGAUGUUCCAGGGAAUUAAGACGUUAUAGUUGUCGAUAGAGAGAGAUAUGGAUGGGCUUUGUUCGGUUGAUAGCGGCUGGGCGUUGGGUUGUUAAAAUAUGGAUUAAUGUCUGCGAGAUAGAUGAUG